AUGGAUACUUCGUCCGCUCUAUCCCGUAUCGAUACCUUGAUAUCAGAUAUGCCAAUGGAUGAGGACAGUAAGAGCGCAGUACCAUGCGACAGACUGAGCACCUUGCCAGAUGAGCUGCUACUCCGCAUCUUCGAGGCGGUCGGCUGCAUAUCCAGGCGCGACCUUUGCAACGUAUCGCGCGUCAACAAGAGAUGUCACCGCCUCAGUGACGCCGUUCUGUAUAAAAGCAUUCUGUUCGAGACUCCUGAAUUCCACCUCACGUUCAGCGAGUCGUUAAGCCGUCGACCGCGUCGUGGGUCAGCCAUCUAUGAAGUCAAACUCGCGUAUCCUUCUUCAGAGCUAUCACAACUGGCGCUUGACGCGCCUGUCCAUGGGUCAUAUCUCGAUCCCAAGACCUCAGACACCCUCUCGCGGACGUUGUCGAUCAUGUCAAAUUUGGAGAAGCUCGAGAUAUCGGUUCCCGAUGUGCUCUUACACGGUAUCGGUACCUUGUUCAACGGACCUUUCGACCUUACCUGCUUGAAGACCUGCUCACUAUUCUAUCAGUGCGCUAACGAUGCUUACUGGGACCUGCGCGAAAACAUACAUAUCUUUGCUCACCCCACGCUGGAAACCUUGACAAUUCGCAGAGCCAAGUUAGACGAGAAGGGUUUCGAUCACAUCGAGCGGCCGCACAUGACGGCACUGAAGCAGCUGCACCUGAUUGAAUGCGACAUCAACGACGAUUCUCUUGGAGAUUUACUUGAGCUACCUGAGGCGCUCGAAGAAUUUGUCAUGACGCAAGCGGAGGUGCCAGAGCCAGACCUGGAGGAAAGCUCCGAUAACGUUGGAGACUACAUAUUGGCUGCGCAAUCACAAGCCGAAUUCUUAAAGAGCAUCACUAUCGAUCACCCCACGCUUACCGGGCGAAAGGUCCUACGUAUGAGAGAAUUUGCGGCGCUCAAGACAUUACGUCUGAAUUGGGAUUACCAGCUAUUUGGAAAGUCGUCUAAGAAGCCGCGUCUUCACUCUGUUGGUCUUCCGCCGGUGAUGGAAACGCUUGAGUUUUUCAACGAGCUGGGAAGCGAUACUGAAGUCACAGACCUUCUACUGGCCACCAUUGAGCAGAAAGACAUUGUUGCAAGGAAUUGGAAAACUAUGGUGGUGGUUGAAGGCGAAGAGGGAGUAUCAAAGGAAAUCAAAGAUGCUUGCAAGACGGCGGGGCUGAAGUUAGACAUUAUUGGGGCUAUGGACGAUGAAUCUGAAUUGGACGAAGACGCAGACAUGGAGGAAGACUCGGAAUCAGAAAGCGAAUAG